AUGAACGAACUGCUUAUUAGAUCGAAGAGUGGAAUACGACUGUACAAAUUUGAAAAGAAAGAAAAUAAAUAUAACAGUAAGAUAAUAUUUGAGUACAAUGGGUGCAUACACGAUGCUAUAUGGUCAUGUGAUGGAAAAUCUUUUUUACUUUUACAUUCGAUAGAAGGUUUAUUACUAAUAUCAAAUUAUGGAGAUAAUGAAAACGCAAAAAUAAAUAAAAUUACAUGUACAAAAAGAUAUAAAGAACUAUUUGAUCAUAAUAAUAUUAAGUUAAUAAAACAUGUACAAUGGUCAUCAAAUAAUAAAUAUAUAGUAUUUUUUUUUCCAUAUGAUGACAAAACAUAUGUAAACGUUGGUAAUCUUUUAUUAUGGAGUGUAAUACAUAAUAAAGUGGUGUGUUCAUUUAAAAUAAAAAAAAAGAUAUGUAGUGACUGGCCUUUAAUAAAUUUUACUCAAGAUGAUAGUUACUUCUUUUUACAAAAAAAGUCAGCAAUAUAUGUAUAUGAUACUUUACAAUUAUUAGAAAAUAAUAAUAAUAAUAAUAAUAAUAAUAAUAAUAAUAAUAAUAAUAAUAAUAAUAAUAAUAAUAAUAAUAAUAAUAAUAAUAAUAAUAAUAAUAAUAAUAAUAAUAAUAAUAAUAAUAAUAAUAAUAAUAAUAAUAAUAAUAAUAAUAAUAAUAAUAAUAAUAAUAAUAAUAAUAAUAAUAAUAAUAAUAAUAAUAAUAAUAAUAAUAAUAAUAAUAAUAAUAAUAAUAAUAAUAAUAAUAAUAAUAAUAAUAAUAAUAAUAAUAAUAAUAAUAAUAAUAAUAAUAAUAAUAAUAAUAAUAAUAAUAAUAAUAAUAGUAAUAAUAGUAAUAAUAGUAAUAAUAGUAAUAAUAGUAAUAAUAGUAAUAAUAAUAAUGUUGUUUAUAAUUUAGAUGAUAUAGAUAUACCGCAGAAUUAUAUAUUCACAUGGAAUCAUCCUAAUGUUAUAGCUAUAUAUGUAUCCCCAUAUAUUGAUGAAAACAAUGCUAGGUAUUUUGUAGUACAUACAAAAAAUAAUUUUUUAGGGGAUGUAUAUGUGUACAAAAUUGAAGGGUUACAGAAUAGACAUAAUGGAAUAAUUAAUACACCAAAUGAAAAAGAAAAAGGGAAAGAAAAGACGACAGAGGAAGGGAAAAAAACAGCAAAGGAGGACCAUAAUAUAAUAAAGAGUUCUUCCAAUACUAUAUCCACUGCUACUACUAUUGCCACUCAGGACGUCCUUUCAAAAGGCGAGAGCAGUUUGGUGUGUGAUCCCAUGUAUGCGGCGAUCUCAGCUAGUACUGCUUCUGUAUCUAUUGGUGCUCUUUCUAGUGGCGGUGCAUCGGAGAGGGGAACGGCAAAGGCCAACGAAGAGCAAGAAAACAAAAUAAUCGCUUCGCUAGGCAAAGUAAAUAUAGAAUUACUUCUAAGAAAAAGUUUUGACCAUCUAGACAAUCUAAAUUGCUUAUGGUCAUUUAGCGGAAAGCACAUAAUAUUUCUAGUGUCAACAAACGACACAACGAAUAAGUCAUAUGGUUACGUUAGUAAUUGUUAUUACUGUUCGUUAGUUAGCCCAAAUAUAAAUAUAAAAAAAAUUAAUGAAAAUGUAGCUCAAGAUGUUAAAUGGAGUAAAACAAAAGAUGAGUUUUUAAUUAUAGAAGGUAAAUCUAACAGUGUUAUUUAUUUAUAUGAUCAUGAAUUAAAUAUAAAAUCAAAAAUAGUAUCACCAUAUAAAAAUACUAUAAAAUGGUGUCCCUUUGGAAAUAUGAUAGCAUUAGGUGGAUUUGGGAAUUUAGCAGGAGAUAUAAACUUUUAUUAUAAAGAUAAGAAUGAUUCUAUUAUUUUAAUUAAAGAAUAUAGAGAACCAUGUACUGUCUUAUGUGACUGGUCUAGUGAUGGUACUCUCUUCAUGACUGCAUCUACAUACCCUAGAAUGAAGGUUGAAAACACCUUUAAGAUUUAUACAUAUGAAGGAAAUCUUGUUAAUAGCUUUAAUUUUAAUGAGCUGUACAAUGUGCAAUGGAAAAAUGCUCUUCCUGGAUCCAUCAGUGAGCCGCCCAAACCUCAGGCUAACUUAAAGGAUAGCAAAAAGAGUGUGUACAAAAUUAAAUGCUUGAAUGCAGAAAGCAACAUCCAUAACGUUGCGCUAGCUGCAGCAAAUCAUAGUGGUGCUACACCUCUGCAACAUAUCCCAAGUAGCGUAAGCACGAGCAAUAGCAAUAUCAAUAGCAAUAUCAAUAACAAUAUCAAUAACAAUAACAAUAUCAAUAACAGCAUCAAUAACAGCAUCAAUAACAGCAUCAAUAACAGCAUCAAUAACAGCAUCAAUAACAGCAUCAAUAACAAUAUCAAUAACAACAUCAAUAACAGCAAUAGUAAUACUAAUUAUAGUAUCGGUAAUGAUAACAAUAUUAGGAAUUAUAACAAUAACAGUAAUAGUAACUGUAAUAAUGCAAACAGCACGGACAUGUAUGACGAAAGUGCACUAAAAAAAAAUUGGACUGACAGCAAUGAGAAGACGAAGGGAAAAUUGGGCAAAGCCAUCGGUCAAGCCAAUGCUAACCGGAACGCUGCAAAUAUGAGCAUGGCAAAUAUUAGCGCCCCAAACCCUAAUGUUUCUAAUCUUAUUAGCACUUCCAAUUCUAAUGGUGCACCCCCCACAAAUGCUCUAAAUGCCAACAGAAAAAAGAAGUUAGAGAAGGGGGCAAAUGCAUACGACUGGGAUGUAGACUGGAGGAACAAGCGAAUUGCCAAUACUGGUGGUGCGGUCCAAGUUAACAAUAUAGGCAAUUUUAGCAAUGCCAUUGGUGCAAAAUAUGUUGAUUAUAUGAAUGAAAAGCCAUGUGCUGAAAGUCAACAUGAUAAAGGAUCGAGCUGUAUCACAGAAAAGCAAUAUAUCAUGGAUAUGUGCAAUGCUAACAGUAGCGAGAAUAGUAACAGCAAUAGUAAAAUAAAUAAUAAUGUUAGUGAUAACCUUAACAGUAACGUUAGCAGUAACGUUAACAGUAACGGUAAUGAUCAUGUUGUGCUACACCUACGUGAUCAGAAAGGUAGGGAUAAAUAUAACACGGAAGGACAUGCGAGUAGCAAGUUAAUGUACAGCAACUACGAGGAGUUUGAAAGGGUUAUAAUAAAGCAGCAGGAAACUAUGCAAAAUAAUAGUGUUGUUCCUAGUGGAAAUGAUAAACCGAACGAAAAUAACGAUGCUAAUGUAGACGAUAAGAAGAAGCAGAAAAGGAAAAAGAAAGAAAAGGGAAAUGAUAACGAAAAUGAGAAGAAAAGUGAAAAUGAGAAGCAAAGUGAAAAAGACAUGCGAAGUGAAAAAGAUGUUGAUAAAUCCAUUUUAACGUCCUCAAUACAACAGGAAAGGCAUCCUAAUGAACUGGAAUACAAUGAUAAAGGUCCCAAAGGCAGUAACAGUUUAGGUAGUCAGGACAAAUCUAGUUCAUACAACAACUUAAAAGAUAAUAGUAAAGGCAUAAAUGUAUAUGAGGAGCUUGUAAAGAUAAACAGUAAUAGUAAUGUUAACAAUAAUAAUAACUAUAACAUUAACAACCACGGUUAUAAUGCAUCUGUGGAAGAGAUUGUAAACAAAGGAAAGCUGCACAAGGAUGAUAGAAAUGAACCGAAAAAAGAACAAGAUAAAGGCAAAGGGCAGAAAAAUAAAACGAAAGGAAAGGAUGAAGGUAAAUCUUCCAAAGAAAAUAUGAUUGAGGAAGGGAAACAACAGAACCAUGAUAAAAAGAAUAAAAAAGAAAAUAAAAGCAAAAAGCAAAAAAAAAAGAAAAACGAUAACGAGAAUGGUUUAAUUGCCAAUGCAGGUAGUAGCAAUGUCGGAAGUAGUAACGCGCCUAGCAGUAACUCAGCUAGAAGUAAUUCUGCCAAGAGUAACUCCCCAAACCGAAACAGUCCCAACUGUAACUAUGUCAAUCGUAUCCCAUCGAAUCGUAACAUGCUUAAUAGUAACACAAUUAACAAUAACCCGCCAAAUAACAAACUUCCUAAUACGAACACGCCUAAUAGUAACCUUCCGAACAUUGGUAACUACCCAGGGAGCCUAAUUAACCACGAAGCACUCCAUACCAGCGGAGUAAUAAGCAGUAACAGUACAAAUUUUUCAAAUUUAUUUUCGAAAAUAAUGAAAGGUGGUGAGAGCGAUUAUAAUAAUAACAAGGAGUUAAAAAAUAGUAACUUCGUAUCAAAUUAUUACACGUCAAGGGAAAAUUGCAUCAAUGGUGAAAAUUAUAUUAAUAAUGAAACGAGUAUUCAAAAUAACAUGGAGCAACAACAACUAUUAUAUGAGGUGUCACAAGAUAAUGGUGUGAGUGUAAAUAUCAAAGAAAAUAUUAUGAACAUGCAUAAAAGGGGAGGUAAUAAUAACAGGGUAGCUUUUUUUUCUGGAAAUACUAUGCAUAUGGAUUGUAGUACACAUAAGGAGCAUAUCGAUGCGAGUGGAAACAGUUUAACUAGCAUGAACAGUAAUAGCAGUAUUGGUCUCAUUGGAGAUAGAGGUGCAAAUGGUUACCCUCCUAAUUAUAACAUGACAACCAUGAGCGAACAACUACUCAAACAGUUGACCCUUUUGAAAAACGAAAAAAAAAAUAUGAAUGAUAACAACAAAGCUGUAUUAAUGGAGCAGCUAAGUAACAAUGUACUAUUAAGCCAACUAAUUAAUAACAAGCAUAAAAUUUUAAAUAAUAAUAAAUAUAAUUCUAAAGAAGAAGGGUUUAUGAGGGAGGUCGAGUUGGAUGGAGGGAUGAAAAUUGGAGGGGAUAAGGUUACAGAAACGAUUGGCGUAGUUGAAGAUGUUAAUAAUAAUAUGCUAAUUGGAGGAGUUCAAAAAGAAAAUGUCGAAAAAAUGUAUGGAAACAAUUUCAUUCACGUAAAUAAUAUUAACAGUGCAGGAAGAAAUAACAACAUAUAUAAUAAUAUAUAUCAUCAGAAUAUUAUAAGUAAUAAUAUAAAAACUAUGCAAUCGAAUGAUUAUCAUUAUGCAGAAAAUCAUGUACGUAUAAUUCCUGAGUCUUUUCAAGGUAAUACAACAACAGGAAAUGAUAAUACCAAUAAUAAUGUAAUAGAUGGUAGUAGUAACUUUUGCAUUGGUGGAAAUAACAGCAGCUUAGUUAUUGAUAACGCAAGAUGUGAAACGAAUGCAAAUAAUAUUCAGUCCAAUGAGGAUAUACUAAAUUUAUUUAAGAAAGUACUUCCAUAUGCCAAGGUCAACAUCGUCCCCAAGGGAAAAAAUACAUUUUUGCAAAACGAUAGUAAUAGUGUUAUUGCAAAUUUGGGGGGUAUAACAAACAGUAGGAGCUGCAUGAACGAUGAGUUGAACUAUACGCUUAACGGUGUGAAGAACGGUGCAAGGAAUGGUACAAGUAACGGUGAGGGUCACAGUGUGGGAAAUGGUUUGAGGAACGAUUUGAGGAACGAGUACGAACACCAGAUGAACCUGAAGAGGGAAGCUAUGGACUAUAUUUUUGAAGGGUGCUAUAGUAAUAGCCCACAAAAAGGAAGAGAAGGUAGUAGCACCAUCGUAAGCGAUGAGUACAGGAAAGAGCUUCACAUGAAAGAAAUGCUGUUGAAGCAGAACAUUGAUAAGCAGAACAUUGAUAAGCAGAACACUGAACAACAACACAUUGCAGGUUUAAGCGGUAAAGAGAAGACUAUUCCAAAUAGAAUAUACAGUAAUAAUAACAUGAUGAUGAUGAUAGCACCAAACCUUAAGAUGCAACUGGACAACCUAGAUGUAUGUGAACUGUUGAAGUGUUACCAUUCGCUAAAUAUACAACAGAUACAACUAAAGCUGUACUUAAUUUUUUACAAAAUUCAAACGUAUGAUCAGAGCAGCGAGGUGAAUAAAACCGAAGUCGCAACAGCAUCUACUGCAUCUACUGUAACUGGUACAUCUGGUGUAACUAGUGUAUCUACUGCUACACGAACCACAGCUACGGUUACAUCAACAGCUGUGGCUACUGCUACAGAUCCAGGUGCUACUACUAUGAACAGUACAGAAAGCAUUAGUAAAGAAAAAAAAAUAAUACUCAAGUUGAAGGAAAUAAAAUUAAUUUUAGAUUAUGCAAAUGAUUUAUUGAAGGAACAUUUUGUAAAUAAUAAAAACAAAUAUCAGUCACUCAUUCAACAAUUUAUUGUAAUUCUAAAACAUCAUGACAAUUUGUAUCAACAAAAGAAGGAGAAAAUUAUUAGGGAACACUAUGAUAAACAAAGUAUUGUGCACUUUAUUUAUAAUAUAGAUAAAUUUUUAGAAAAAAAUUUAAUAGUUGCACAUCCAGAAUAUACCUCUUCCACGAGGAAUUUAAGUCACCUUACCGGUUCAGGUAAUAACAAGUCGGUAAACUGGAACAGUAGAAAUAACCCAAGCAGCGCAGGAAACCAUCUGGUGAAAAAUAAAAGUCAUAACUGUGCAAACAGUAGUAGUAAUAGUAGCGGUAAUGACAACCAUAUUAGUGGAAGUGGAAAUGGAAGUGGAAGUGGAAAUGGAAAUGGAAGUGGAAGUGGAAAUGGAAGUGGAAGUGGAAAUGGAAAUGGAAGUGGAAGUGGAAAUGGAAAUGGAAAUGGAAAUGGAAGUGGAAAUGGAAAUGGAAAUGGAAGUGGAAGUGGAAGUGGAAAUGGAAAUGGAAGUGGAAAUGGAAAUGACAUUGGCGGAGGUGACCCCAUGGAAUUUCAAAAAAAAUUAAUAAUACAAAAAAUGAAUGAGAAUUUUAGGAACAUCAAUGCAAUGAAUGCAGGGGAUGAGCAAAAAAAUCUUAUGCUUCUAAACAAAUUGAAUAUAAAUGAUACACAGAAAAAUUAUUUGUUAAGUAAGAUGUAUUUAAAUGAUGAUUUUCCAAACAGAAAUAUCCUAAGACGAGUGAAUAAUGAUUACAAUUACAGGAAUUGUCAUAUUAAUUAUUCAAGCAGAAAAGAUGACCAGCAUAAUAACAACCUGAAUUUCUUGAAUGAAAACAUGCAAGGAGAAGGAGGAGUAAGAGGAAUAGGAGGAGAUGUGUAUAAUGCUGCAAGUUGUCAUAAUCAUAACACGCCGGUGACUAUGAAUUAUGUUGAUGCCAUGCAAAGGGGUAGUCAUAAAAUCAAUAGCACGAGGAAUAACCAUAAUACCAAUUGUAGUAGUGCCAAUUGUAAUAGUGCCAAUUGCAGUAGCGCUAAUUGUAGUAGUGCCAAUCGUAAUAAUAGCAACAGCAGUAGUAGAAGCAAAGGAAGCAAUGCUUGCUCCUCACCCCUUCUAAACAUUAUAAACAAAUCCCAUGCGAACAAAGCAAAUAAAAAGAUUGAAAAUGAUAUUGCGGAUGAUAGAGACAUUAACAACCAUAUGGUAACCCCAAAAUUUUAUUUACUUAAUAUGUUAAAAAAGAAAAAGAAACAUGAUUUACAAAAUGAUAUGAUGAUAGACAAUGAAGACUACUAUGAUAAUACUAAUUCCAUAUCGAGGAAGGUAAAUAACAAUUUGCACUUAAACAGUUACAAGAGCAUGCAGGAUGAAGAAAUGGCUCAAAAGGUAAAAAGCAUGGUUCACUUAUAUAACAAACAACAGCAUCAUCAACAGCAUCAUCAACAACAUCAUCAACAACAUCCACCUCAUCAGUCGCAGCAACAAACGAGCAUGUCAAGAGUAACUGACCAGAUGAAUUAUGGGUACCCAAAUAACCUGACCGACGAAAUUAUCUGUACAAGUCAGGUAAAACAGAAAUUAAACAAUGCAAGAAGCAUUACGGAUCAAAUAAAAGGUCAAUCGGACAUACUUCCUAUAAGUCAUAUUCCUGACCAUCUAAAAGAACAGGAGCAGCACAUCGAUAAUAUCAAGCACUUUCCGUACGUACAACAUAGUGAUGAGUACGUACACUUUUGUAAUUACAAUUCAUUUGGAAAAAGCGUUAAAGUAGAUUUGAAAAAUGGGAACCACAGUCCAGAGGAAUGUUUUGGUCCACCGAGAAGUAGCACCAACGGUAAUAGCCGCAGCAAUAGUAACAACAAUAAUACUGGCAGAGGUAGUGUUAGUAACAGUAACAAUAACAAUAGUGGAAAUGGUAAUGGCAGUACCAACAGCAACAGUGGAAGUGAGUACGCGCGAAUGCCGAACGCAGAGAAGCUGCUACUUAUCGAUGAGGAAAAUAAAAAUGCGAAUGGUAGCAACUCGAAAGCGAUAAUUCACAUGAGAAAUAAUAUGGACGAGCAAAAGGAUGAAGAUAACGUAAACAUACAUACAGAUUAUAUCAUGCUAAAUGAUAUGAACAAGAAUGACGGAAAGUCGUUUCUAUUAAAUAAAAGCAAUGAAAACUUUUUAAGUCAUCAGCAAUCACAACAGCAGUUAUUUGACAAAGAACCAAGUAUGUAUAAAACAAGUAGUUCAAGUAAAAGUUUAAACGUAUCUGAAAAAAUAAAUGAAUCCAGUAGCAUGUUUGAAAUGGAAGAGAUCAAAAGACCGGAUGCCCUGAGGGAUAAGUGCUGGCAGUACGUCGAUCCAAAGGGUAUUGUGCAGGGUCCCUUUUUUUUAAACGAAAUGAGAAUAUGGAGUGAAAUGGGGUACUUUGAACCCAUGUUACCUGUUCGUUGUUGUGACUCGGAUAGAUUUGUUGCUCUAAAUAAAUUAUUUCCUCCUCCGCAUAAACCAUUUACAAUUGUUCCUAAGCCACAGCCAAUUUUACAAUGGGAAGAAGAAUUAUUGUGA